GGUUGUCGGCCACCGUAGGCUACGUCAGAGGUAAAUAUCCAGCUCGCUGCCGACAGUGAAAAGAUGGCAUUUACUUUGUAUUCCCUUAUUCAAGCAGCUAUUCUGUGCGUUAAUGCCGUCGCCGUGUUGCACGAAGAGAGGUUUCUAAGUAAAAUCGGAUGGGGAGUGGACCAAAGUGUCGGAGGUUUUGGUGAUGAACCUGGCAUCAAAGUGCAGCUCAUGAAUCUUGUCCGCUCUGUGAGGACAGUGAUGAGAGUUCCAUUGAUAGCAGUGAAUUCUGUCUGCAUCGUGCUGCUGCUGCUGUUUGGAUGAAGAGAAAUGACUGGCACUUCCCACAGGAGAGCCUCCAUCACCUCAGGAACCCUUGACAAUUUUUUUUUUUAUCUCCUUUUCUCUCCCCACACGCACAGUUGUUCAUGUCAACCUGCACUAGGGUUGUUGUCAUGUGAUAUUCUCGACCACUCCAUUGGAAAACUGUUCAGGCCGACCCAGCACAGCCCAGUAAUGCAACAUAAGUGCCUACAGAUUAAUUACACCGGUUGCAGUGGCUGUUAUUUUGAAACUGUUGAAUAGCCGAUGCUUCCAUUUGCUCUUUUAGACAAUAAUUCAUUUUGUAACUCAGCUUAUAUUCCAUAGUUUUGUGGAAUAAAACUAGAGCUAGGCUAUGAAGAAUGUGAAAAAUGUAAUGGGGGAUCAACUGUAAAAUAGUUGAAAUUUGUCAUUAUCUGUCUCACACUGAAGACUGUUAAAUUAAUAUUGGAUUUUUGGUAAAUGGAUGUUGAUUUACUCGUGAAAUAAAAUGUUUUUAAACUUUA